UGAGGGACAAAUUCAUCAGAUCUGACGGAAGGGCUGCGGGUUGCCGUGGGAGCCACCCCCGCUCUCCUUAUUGCGCAGCCAAACGCAAGCCAUCAUUUUCUUCCCUCCCACGCUUGUGUCUUGUCCUCUGCAAACUCCGCCGGAGACACUCCAGCCCUCCUCCGUACUUUAUCAGCUCCAAUUCCCCUCCUUACUUCCUUCACAACACCAAAGAAUACACCAUCAUGACGGAAGCAGUUGGUGAUUUCGGCCUCAUCGGUCUGGCCGUCAUGGGCCAGAACUUGAUCCUUAACGCGGCCGACCACGGAUUCACAGUCGUUGCUUUCAACCGAACAGUAUCCAAGGUCGACCGUUUCUUGAACGAUGAGGCCAAGGGCAAGUCCAUCGUCGGCGCCCACUCCAUCAAGGAGUUCGUACAGAAGCUCAAGAAGCCCCGCCGAAUGAUGUUGCUCGUCAUGGCCGGAAAGCCCGUCGACGACUUCAUUGAGCUCCUCCUCAACGAAGGUGGUGUCGAGGAGGGUGAUAUCAUCAUCGACGGUGGUAACUCGCACUACCCCGACACGAACCGUCGCUGCAAAUACCUGGCUUCCAAGGGCAUCCGCUUCGUCGGAACUGGUGUUUCGGGUGGAGAGGAGGGUGCCCGCUAUGGCCCCAGCAUCAUGCCCGGCGGAAAUGAGGAGGCAUGGCCAUACAUCAAGGAUGUCCUCCAGUCCAUCUCCGCAAAGUCCGACGGCGAGGCCUGCUGCCAGUGGGUCGGUGACGAGGGUUCUGGCCACUACGUCAAGAUGGUGCACAACGGCAUCGAGUACGGUGACAUGCAGCUCAUUUGCGAGGCCUACGAUAUCAUGAAGCGCGGCCUGGGCAUGUCGCACAAGGAGAUUGGCGAUGUCUUCGCCAAGUGGAAUAAGGGCGUCCUCGACUCGUUCCUGAUCGAGAUUACUCGCGACAUCAUGUAUAAGAACGACGAGAAGGAUGGAACGCCCAUUGUCGAGAAGAUUCUCGAUUCCGCAGGCCAGAAGGGAACCGGAAAGUGGACCGCCAUCAACGCUCUGGAUCUCGGUAUGCCCGUCACUCUGAUUGGAGAGGCCGUCUUUGCUCGCUGCCUGAGCUCGCUGAAGGCUGAGCGGACCCGCGCUUCCGGGCUGCUGGACGGUCCUACCCCUAGCUUCACUGGCGACAGGGAGCAAUUCCUCGACAACCUCGAGCAGGCUCUCUAUGCUUCCAAGAUUAUCUCUUAUGCGCAGGGCUUCAUGCUCAUUCAGAACGCCGCCAAGGAGUACAAAUGGAAGCUGAACAAGCCCGAGAUUGCCCUCAUGUGGCGUGGUGGCUGCAUUAUCCGCUCCGUCUUCCUCAAGGACAUCACCAAUGCGUACCGCGCCAACCCCGACCUCGAGAACUUGCUGUUUGACGACUUCUUCAACAAGGCCAUCCACAGGGCUCAAGCCGGGUGGAGAGACGUUGUCUCCAAGGGCGCUCUGUGGGGCAUCCCCACUCCCGCCUUCUCGACUGCUCUGUCCUUCUACGACGGCUACCGCACCAAGGACCUCCCGGCCAACCUGCUCCAAGCUCAGCGUGACUUCUUCGGCGCACACACCUUCAGGGUCAAGCCUGAAUAUGCCAGUGCCGAGUUCCCCGAGGGCAAGGACAUCCACGUCAACUGGACUGGAAGGGGAGGAAACGUCUCGGCCUCUACGUAUAACGCGUAG